GUAGGGAAAUCUCACGAGGUAGGGCAGUAUAACGCGUCACCGCCGCAGAGCUCUGUCCGCCAUAGCGUGGGAGAUGUCUCUGAAGAGGAAGGAGCCGGAGGGAGAGAGCAAGAGAGGCGGUGACCGGAGGAAGAAGCCCCGCGGGGAGGACGGGGAAGGGCGCUACGUGCCGCCGCCCUCCAAGCGGAGGGCCGGGAUCAGUUUCGGAGACGAACAUUUCGCUGAGACCGAAUCGUACACGGAGAGCGGGCUGCGGAAGGUCCGCCCUUACUACUUUGACUUCGAGACGUACUGCAAGGGGCGCUGGGUGGGGAAAAGCCUGCUGGACGUGUUCAGCCAGGAGUUCCGGGCCGAGCCGCUGGAGUACUACAAGCUGGCGGCCCGGGCCGGGAGGCUGCGGCUCAACCGGGAGCCGGUGCAGGACCUGAGCGUGGUGCUGAAGGAUAAUGAUUUCCUCAGGAACACUGUGCAUCGCCACGAGCCUCCGGUAACCGCGCAGCCCCUGCGCAUCCUGGCCGAAAGUGAAGACAUUGUGGUUGUGGAUAAACCGUCCUCCCUGCCGGUCCAUCCCUGUGGUCGCUUCCGACACAACACGGUCAUUUUCAUUUUGGGCAAAGAGCACAACAUGAAAGAACUUCAUACCAUCCACCGCUUGGAUCGUCUAACCUCUGGUGUACUCAUGUUUGCCAAGACCCCAGAUGUGUCAAAGAAGAUGGCAGAACUAGUACGGGAGAGGAAGGUAGAGAAGGAGUAUGUGUGUAGAGUCUGUGGGGAAUUUCCUGAAGAAACGGUGACCUGUGAGGAGCCCAUAAUGGUCGUCUCCUACAAGAUUGGUGUAUGUCGUGUGCAUCCCGAAGGGAAACCCUCCAAAACGGUCUUCCAGAGACUUAGCUACAAUGGUAAAUCGAGUGUUGUGAAGUGCUUCCCUUACACGGGCCGUACGCAUCAAAUCCGAGUUCACUUACAGUAUUUAGGGCACCCUAUUGUCAAUGACCCGGUCUACAACACAGAAGCAUGGGGUCCCAACAGAGGGAAGAAGGGGGAAAUUAACAAGACAAACGAAGAACUCUUGCGCACCUUAAUAGAAGAGCAUAAGUCAAAGCAAAGCCUGGACAUCUUGGAUGUUGCGGAAGAUGAUCUUCUAGUCUUGAAAAGUGGGCAGAGUGAAGAUGUGCCCCCGGGGUCACUGUCUGUGCCAAAUACCCUGCCGGCGGAGACAGACCCAGCAUGUCCUCCUAAAGACUCAUCAUUGGGUGACGAUAGCAAUGUACAUGAAGAUGAUGAAGUUACAGAAACCUCAUCUGCUGAUACAGGGGGGAAGGGGCAGGGACUACUAGACCCCCUGUGUGGAGAAUGUAAGAUUAUACGGCCAGACCCUUCUCCCGAAGACCUGAUAAUGUAUCUUCAUGCAUUGCGCUAUAAGGGGGACCAUUUUGACUAUUCCACAGACUUGCCUGAAUGGGCAGAUGACCACUGGGUGGAUGGACUAAGACCUAACGUCAGUGAUCUAAAAUAAUGCUUUAUUUAAUUAGAAAAUAUAUAUGAUUUUAUAAUUUUGCUAAAGAUUUAGGGGGGAGAUUUAUCAAGACUGGUGCAAAGAAAAGGUAGCUCAGUGUGAUCCUUUAAUUUUCCAAGGAAGCUCUGAAAAAUGAAAGGUGGUUGCUAUGGGCAGCUAGGCCAGUUUUCCUUUGCACCAAUCUUGAUAAAUCUCCCCCGUAGUUUUUAUUUGAUGCAAAGGGUUGUGCCAUGAAAGUAACACCCCUAUCUGUUGGUCUGAAUACUGGGAUCACCACUGAUGAUGAUGGCAGUCCUGGGCGCCAGGUAGAGCAACCAGUCCUUCUCCAUAAGAGCAGGGUCCAGCGCUCGGUUGUCUCUGGCAGCCCCAUAGAGGAUAAAUGGAGCAGCAAUCUGCCGAUCCAUUCCCACCGGCACUCUGGACCACCGCUCUCCUGGUCAGUGAGGGUCCUAGUGAUCCGACCUCCACCAAUCAGAUGCUUAUCCCCUACCCUGUGGAUAGGAUAGGGGAGAUAGGGGGGUCUGCUUAUUUUGGACAAAAAAUCCUUUUGCACUUCUUAAGCCCUGUGAAAAACAGAAGAAAUAAAAUAUUCUAUAAAAUAAAUUUGUUUAUAUAAAAUAUUUAUAAAGACCAUUCAACGGUAAAGUUUUGUCAGAAAGUGAGCUAUUGCUUGAGGCAAGUUUUUGUUUUUCAUGGUUUUUGUACCUU